CGCCUCGCUUUCGCACUCCGCAGUUGAAAUCAGUUUGCGCGAUAACCGCCCGUCGCGCGCACAGCUCUGCCGUCAACGCGCGCGGUUUCGGGAGGACGUGGGGGGGGGUGUGUGUGAAGCGUCGCGUCGCGUCGCGUCGGAGCGUCACGUUUCCACGCGCGACACGCGAGAGGACAUGGCCCCGGCGACGCUAGUUAGAAAACAACAGCGAGCGAGGCGAAAACAAGCGCGGGCGAGCGCGAGCUCACGCUGACGGCGAUUUAAAGCCCUUCGCAAAAAGUUUCGGUGACGUCAGAUGUAACGGGCGACGCUUCCCGCUCGCCGUCGGUGUGCGCGCGUGUGUUUGUUUGUUCGUCUUUAAUCAUUAAAAGCGGACGGAAUGGGGGCCAAGCAGAGCGGUCCCGCUGAAAACGGCCGCACGCGAGCGUACUCCGGCUCGGAUCUCCCGUCGAGUAACGGCGGCGGCGGCGGCGGCAGAACGGCGGCUGUGGCGAUGAGGUUUCCCGCUCACGGCGCCUCAGGUGCCACAUCUUCGUCGUCGUCCUCGUCAGCGGCGGUGGCCUCGCACUACACCGGCUCCAGGACGCGCUCCGUCGGGGGGGUCUCCGGUGGACCGGGCGCGAGACCUCAGUCGAGCAUUAAUAUACCGAGCGCGGGAGCGUACGGCUCUCAGGACUCCGGUAACAGCACGCCGGAGGAGAACGGCGGGGAGAGAGAGCGCUCAACCGGCGCUCCGAGACUCUUGAUCGGAUCUUUACCUGCUCACCUGUCGCCUCAUCUCUUCGGAGGUUUCAAGUGCCCCGUCUGCUCCAAGUUCAUCUCUUCAGAUGAGAUGGACCUUCAUCUGGUCAUGUGCUUGACCAGACCUCGAGUGACGUACAACGGUGAGUGUGUGUUUCCACCUGCUCGUCCUGUAGAGACGGGGAGGCGUGCACGUCUCUCCUCGUGGCGUGUUAAGACCUGGCCGAAUCAGGUUUGCCGAUUUGCUGCAAUGCUUUCAUGUUCAGACGUCUGCUUUUCCAGCAGAAGCGUGCAGAGAAGUGCUUCAUCUAGUCACCUGAAUGAAAGCGCUGGUAUUUGUUCGGGUUAAAACGCUGAGCUGGUG